AUGAAAGACGGCAAACCAAGAAACGUGGAGGCGUUUUUGGAAUAUCUCCGCGGGAUAAAGGAGAUGGAAGUCUUCGCAGAAGACGCAACUCUACUAUUGCUGACGAACCACCCAGACGUGACUGAGAAGAUGUUGCAGUCGUGGGCAAAGGCUGAGUUGGAUCCUUUGGAAGCGCUUAGCAGGUUGCCUUGGGGAAUGUUCAAUCCACAUCGCUACCGCGAGGGGACGUUAAAAAUACCAGAUAUCGCCUUAUGCAAUUGGCUCGGACACUUCCUAAGGUAUGUGACUCUGUACCGACGUGGUCAUACUUUUGCGGACGAGAAAGUUGAUCCGUGGCUUCGAAAGGUUCCGAGAACGAACGCGCGGGCGUAUCUCAUGAUACUACAAGACCAUCGGGACGAGGUUGGAGGAUCUGGAGAACUUGCAAAAGGUUUGCUAGCUUUGCAUGAGCCUACUGAAGAAGACUCGGCCGUUACGGAUGAGAUCCUGGCUAAGCUUCGUAUGCAACACCCACCCUGGUCGACGGCCACGGUCGAUCGUUUGCAAGCACUGUCAAAUGCUUAG